GUAUUAUCACGGAAGCGUAGGCAGUAGAGGAGUUCAGUUAUAAGAGGAAGGAAGCGGUCAUGUAUGUCGCGGUUGAGUGGAGACUGGUGAGUGCGUCACGAGGAGGACGGUGGGAAGUGGAAGAUAUGAGAUCGAUGGUGAUGAUGAGGGUGAUACUGGUGAAGGUGGCAGGCUUUUCCCCUCGUGACGCAAGAUGCAGUUAACGACUGAAGCCCCUGAGCGUUGCUCCAAGAAGUCUUUAGAGUGAAGGGAAGAGGGACAGAGAGGGAUACAGGAGCAGAGGAGGAAGGGGAGGUCAGCCACACAGACCGAGGGUUUAGGAGGAGAAAGUCUGAGUUCUUUCUUGGAGGAGUCCACAUCAUGCAAGUUUAUUUUCGAGAAGCCUUGAUUUUCAUCGUUUGAGGCCUGGAAGACAAAGUUCCCCCUUUUCUGAUUCUCUUUUUUCAGGUUGCAGUACUCCGUGGUUAGGAGCUCGCGAUUUCGGGUGGAGGAAGAACGCAGAGUUCGCCAACUAGCGCGAGGAAGAAAAGCUCCCGUUUGGAUGAGAAUUAAGGUCGGGCCGAAGGAGAGGGGGGGAAAGGGAGGGAGAGAGAGACGAUGCAGGCCAUCUGGCUGUCUCUCAAGGAAACCCUGAGGUGCACCGUCGAACCAGGAGAGGUCCUGCUGCCGGAGAAGCUCAAACCGGACGGCGCCCGCGGCGAGUUUCGCGCGCCCAGGAACGGCGGAGAUCACGCCGCGGAGGGAGAUGCCUCUCUCACGAGGGACGUCGUCCGUCGGCCGGACCCCGGCCAGAACAAGUUUUCUGACCUCAGCGUUGGUGAUACGUCAAGAAACAUCAUCGAGAUGAUAUUUCGAGCCACGUGGUUGUCUCCCGGAAGCAGCAUCGGCAAGAUCGAGAGGGUGUUGAAGGUGAACAAUUCCCCGGAGACGCUGGAGAGGUUUGAGCAGUACAGGGAAACGGUGAAGAGCAGGGCGGAGAUGCUGCAGCAGCAGAAGGGGAACCCGCGAAGCGUUGCCGACGGCAAUGAGCUGCUGAGGUUCCACUCCACCAACAUGGCUUGCUGCCCUGCUUUGACGGAGAAGCUUUCGGGUCUCUGCCGGAACGCUCAGUGCGGGGUCUGCCGGGUAAUUCAGAGCGGCUUCACGACGGAUGAGAUGAAGAGGAAUGGGAUUAGAAUGACGGCUACGGGGGUGACGGGGGAGGAGGUGUUGGUGUCGAAGAAAGCAGAGGGAGGUAUCAGGUUGAAGAGGGCGGUGGUGGUCUGCCGGGUGAUCGCUGGGAGGGUGUUGAGCGUCUCGGAACGUGGGUCUUAUGUGGGAGGUGAUGGUGGGUUCGAUUCCCUUGUUGUCAAGGGCGGUUUGUGCUCCAAGUGGGGUGACUUGUAUGUGAGUAAUCCCAGUGCUGUUCUCCCUUGCUUUGUGAUUGUCUAUUCAUGCAAACCCAAAGCCGUUUGAUCUCUCUCUUGUGUUUGUGUGUGCGCGUCUAUAAGGAGAGAGAGCAAUGUAAUGGAAGCAGCAUCGAUGUACAGUCUGUAAUUUACUGAAGGUUCUGUAUCACAUUGGUUGUAGCUGGAUAGUAAUUAAGUUGGCUACAACUAUUGUAAGGCUUGCCAGUGCAGCACAGUUUUGUGUUAUAUAUCUCUUUUUGUUCA